AUGAGGAGGCCUAGUGCGAGGAGCACUUCAGGCCCACUCACUCCAGGGACAACUCAGGCCGUUAAGUUGCGUGUUUUGCUCCAGCUUGUCGAAGACGAAGGGUCGAAGUACCCUCUCUCUGUGGAACGGCUUAUCAAGGGGAGAUAUGUGGACGAUAUAUGCGGAGGAGCUGAUUCUGAAGACGGACUUCUUCGAACAGCUCAUCAGGUAACUCGACUUUGUUUGUCAGGCGGCUUCCCAUUAACCAGAUGGAAUUCAAAUAGUCCAGCUCUGCUUAAUUCGCUCAGUCCUGAUAGCGCCCCUCAAGGACAUCGAACCUUCGAAGACAAGGACUCACCCGCCAAGAUCUUGGGGGUUUCAUGGCAUCCCGGCACGGACCGCUUCACCUUUUCAAUCUCACUGCCUAAAACUGACUCAAUCACGAAGAGAAUCAUCCUCUCGGAAAUCACUCAACUCUUCGAUCCACUUGGCUUCCUAAUACCAGUGGUAAUUCACGCCAAGAUCUUAUUACAAGCUCUUUGGAUCGAGAAACUGGGAUGGGACGAACCAGUUUUCUCGAUAACUGCCAAGCAAUGGGGGCAAUUCAGGAACGAACUCACGCAGUUGUCGAAGAUCACGAUACCUCGGUGGAUUGGACUGCUCACAGACUCCGUUAUGGAAAUACACGGAUUCUCCGAUGCCUCACAACUCGCAAUGUCAGCCGUAGUUUAUCUCAAGGUCUUCAACAAAAAUGAAGAACUUCGAAUCAUACUCGUCUGCUCCAAUACUAAGGUGGCAUCGCUCAAGAGGCUGACAAUUCCACGCCUGGUACUCACUGCAGCUCUUCUCCUGGCCAAGUUGGUCAAAUACGUUCAGGAACAACUCAACCUCACUAAUACCACCACCUAUCUCUGGACCGACUCAUCGGUCACACUGACGUGGAUCAACUGA